AUGGAUAACGAGAAUGCAAGCUGCGCCCACGACGACGAGGAACAUGUACAAUUAUCACUGCUUUGUCUCCCGGUGGAGAUAUUCCUGCAUAUAUGUUCCUUCCUAGACGCGUCGACACUAGUACACGGUUUGAGUUUAGUGUGCAAACAGUUCUACCUGAUUUUAAAGGAUGAUGCCUUACUGCAUAUGUGGAAAGCGCGAAUUAACCAGAUAUGGCCGAAUGCUACCCACUCGCUUUUGCGUCCCGCGAGACCCGACAAACUGUUUUGGAAAUUGUCAUGCGUUGCGAUCGAGAAACAAACCGCGCUAUGGAAACAGCAGGAUUCUAUGGAGAAAUUGAUAAAUGUGGAUACAACUGGGGACAAACGUUACAGUACAUACGUCGAUCCAGUGUUACUGAUGCAUAAUGGAACCAUUUGUAUUGGUGCAGGAGAAUUGGGCACUUUGAUUUACUGGAAACUUCCCUCCCGCGAGGAAUGCUGUGAUGAAAUUGGAAACACCGGUUACAUCCAUCUCGCGUAUGACGACUAUAUGCUAGAUCUGACGGCGAUAGACAACACGAUUUACAGUUGCAGUUCCUAUGGAGUCAGGACGUGGAUGCUCACCAACACCGGUCUCGUCCAUCAGAGGACUUACGAUAUGUAUGGCGUUGAUGCAGAUCUACAGUGCAUAUCAUCGUGCCCAGAACGAGCCCUCUUUGCGACCGGCUAUUCCGACGGAACUAUAUGCGUGUUCGAUUCGAGAUCGAGGAAUAAGCCGAUCAGGAGGUACCGACCAGGCACCGAACCCGUGCGUCAGCUGGACAUGAACACGGAAUACAUCUUGUCCGCCGGCUCCGGCGAGAUCUUAUUCGAUCAUAACCUGGUGACCACGGUGUCGGUUUGGGAUCAGAGAGCCGGUCGGAUCGUGAAGUCUAUCAUAAUUCCAGGCGAAGAAGUGUAUCCCAUGUGCAUGAGUAUACAACGAGAUUGGGUUUUCAUCGGCGACCAGAUGGCGAAGUUGCACAUGCUAAAUCUAAAGAGUAAUUUCGAGCUAGUGAAAUCUUAUUCCACCGAGCAUACGGGCUGGAUAACGGGGGUGCGUUUGACGCAUGGAUGCUUGAUAACGAGUUCCAGGGACGGUACCGUCAGAAUUUCGAGCCUUGAGGAUCCGCCAAAGCCCAUCGCUACUUUACGUUCGAAGUUCAGAACCAUCUUGAGCAUGGAUUACCUGAAUGACACUCUCGCGAUAUCCAGCCAUUCAGUGCUGCCGCAUUCAGGUAUCGAGGUAUGGCGCCCAAGAUCGAGAUGUAAUGUAUAUUCUUAG